CCAGCGGUCGCGAGAUACACGACUCGUCUCGUCUCGUCUCUCCUCAUCCUAACUUGUCACUCCUCACUCGUCAUCUCCCAUCCCAUCGCCCCUCUCCCCACCAUGACCACCGUCCCGGACAUCACGCUCAACGACGGCCACGCGAUCCCCGUCGUCGCGUUCGGCACCGGCACGGCGCUGUACGCGAAGGAGUGCGCCGACCUCGUCCUCCAGGCCCUCGAGGCGGGGUAUACGUCGCUCGACGGCGCGCAGAUUUAUGCCAACUCGCAGAGCAUCGGCGACGCGCUCGCGCGCUGGGGCGGCAAGCGCGACGACGUGUAUGUGCUGACUAAGUGGGGCAAGCGCGAGGCCGGCGGCCCACGCGCCGUCCUGCUCGACGAGCUCGAGAAGCUCGGCGUGGAGUAUGUCGACAUGUACCUCAUCCACUCCCCCCUCGUGCCCGAGGACCGCCAGAAGGCGUGGGCCGAGAUGGAGGCAAUCAAGAAGGACGGGCUGGCGUUGUCUGUCGGCGUGUCCAACUUCCGCGAGGAGGAUAUCAUUGAGAUCAGCAAGACGUGGGAGCAUGCGCCGGCGGUGAACCAGAUCGAAUACAACCCCUACAACUUCCACGCACCCAACAUGCUGCGCCUGCUCGCCCUGAUGAAAGAGCACAAAAUCAAGGUGCAAUGCUACGGCCCGCUGAACAGCGUGCACCGCGUCCCCGGCGGACCCGUCGACAGCGUGGUGGACAAGAUCGCGCGCGAGCGGGGCAGCACGCCGGCGCAAGUCCUGCUCCUCUGGGCGGCGCAGUACGGCGGGGGCACAGUCGUGACGACGUCGCGUAACACACAGCGCCAGGCGGAGCAGCUGGCGGCGUUCUCCCAGCGCCCGCUGAGUGCGCAGGAGGUGGAGGCGAUCGCGGAGGCCGGGCGCGGCAAGUUCCACCGCCAGUUCAUGAAGGAGGUGUGGGAUGCUGCGCGGGAGUAGGACAAGAGGUAGACAAAAUGUAGACGUGCGCGCAGUCGACGCAGCUCAGGGAGAGACGCCACGGCAUCACGAUGAGGCCGAACCCUCGAUAAGACGAUGGAGACGGCGCUCGGCGAACGCGCGUUGCAGACGCAAGGUGGCAGUGUAUUGACGGUCGGAUAUGCGAUUCAACGGCCAGCGCCACAGGGGAGUAACAGGCCAGGAAUAUCCUCGAUAGGACAGAGUGCGGUCUGCAAUAGACAUGGUCCAAGGUUAGAACAGCUGAAGCGAGGGGAACGACCGAGGCCUAGCGAGCGCGUUGGAGCAUGGAGCAUGGAGCAAGAGGCGGCAUGUGAUGCGAGGAUGCUGACGAGAUGACGAGUGAGGGGCGGGAACGAGUGCCUCGCCUUGGUCGAUGGAGUGCUCGAAAUAACAUACAGC